AUGGACGUCGACUCGCUCGAGCAGGUUGAUGGCUCUAAACGGCCUCGUUAUACACUCUUCCACCCAGCAAUAGCAGAAUUUCGCAAGCAAUACCUCUCGUUUUACUUCAUUUACGCAACCCUGCUUAUUUUGCUCAUGUGGGCGCUUCUGCCAAUCUAUUGGGCCUCUUUGGCGUAUGCGACGCAACACACCUCUCGAUUGACUGUCUGGGUAGUCAGCCGGGACCGGUCAGCCGUUGGAAAUGGUGUCGUUGCCGCUGUCCAACGUGCUGCGGCCGAUGCAGCUUCGAUUCCCACUCUUGGCUGGCAGCUCGUAGACAGCGACGAUGACACCGUCAAUUCCAAUGACAAGGUCAUCGACAGUGUCAUAGACGAGCAAGUGUGGGCGGCUGUUGCAGGCGAGUUAAACCAAGACGCCACGAGCGACACGUUCUCUGUCCUGUCCGGAGGAGAGUCUAGCAAUCUGAAUGGCUCGGCAAUAUCAGUGUAUUACAACGAGGCCAGAAAUCAGUUCGCUGCAGAUUUCUAUAUUAUUCCAUUCAUCAACUCGCUUCUCGUCCCGACGGUCGCAGAGAUUAAUGCCAACAUCACCUCUCACGUUCUCAGCUCAAAUGCCAAUAACGCAACCGCUCUCGGACACCUAGCAAAGGCGAUGGGUGCCGCGGGAGCAGGAGCACAAAACGGUGCAGUGGUCACUUACGAUCUCAACAAUCUGCGUCCGUUCAGCGCACCCGUCGUCUCGGCCUUGACUGAAGUUGGAAUGAUCUUGAUAGUCCAUCUUCUCCUUCAUUCUUGUAUGUUCGUUCUCCUAUCCAAACAUCUACGCCCGCUCCUCACACGCGCUGAACAGACCAUGACCAACAGCGGCCUUCGCCCCAUUAUCGCGCGCCAUCUCAGCCUGCCGCACUACAUUCUGCUACGCGUAUUUGCGCCCCUCAUCGCAUACAUCCCAUUGUCGCUCUCGUUUGCGAUCAUUUCCCUUCCAUUCCACGUCCCGUUUCACGCCAAGUACACAGAGGCACAGGGCUUCUUCCUCUUUUGGAUCAUCUGUUACAUCCUCAUGGGUGGUGUGGGACUAGCGACGGAGUUCGCCAUCGGCAUACUGACAAUACGUUUCGCCCCUUUCCUCCUUGUAACGCUUAUCAUAGCAAAUGUUUCGAUCACUGAGUUUCCUCUCGAACUGCUUCCAGGCGUCUUCCGCUACGGAAAAGGCUUUCCCUUCUAUAAUGCGUCACAGGCCUUCCUCACGAUUACGUUCGACACCAAGUCGCACUUGGGCCGCAACAUCCCGGUGCUCAUCGGAUGGCUGCUGCUCAGCAUGACCACUGUCGCUCUCACUUCGCGUUGCGCACCAACACCACGCACGAGCUAA